AUGACAAGUGACAAAACAAAAUUAAGAAUAUUAGAUUCUUUACCAGUUGUUUAUUUUGUUGAUGAAACAGAAAAUAAUGGAAGAAAGAAUUUAACAAAAAUUGCUUGGGAUAAGAAAUAUAUCAAUGCUGAAGAAUUAGCAGUUAUCGUUCCAAUCAAAGAGAAUAAGCUAUCGGAAAGGAAAAUAGAUGAUGCGAUAUUCAAUGGAGCUGGAAAACCAGCUACAUGGAGAGCAGGAUUAAUUCCUUCAAUCAUUAAUGCAGGUGCAGAAGUUAACGAAACAGGUGACUUCUAUUCAGACAUUAAUGACGCAAUGGUUAAAGUAGAAGAGUCAGGAUAUAAUGUAACAGGUGCAUUAGGUGGCGUUGGACUAAAAGGAAAAUUCAGAAUGUUAGUUGACAAAAAUGGUCAACCAAUUAAAGGAACUGAAAUUGAUUCAUUAAAUAAAACAUUUAUGGAUAAUGGAGCAUGGGACAAAACAAAAUCAACAAUGAUAGUUGGAGAUUUUUCACAAGCCGUAUAUUCAAUUAGACAAGAUAUUACAUACAAAAUAUUAGAUCAAGCAACUAUUCAAGAUCCAACAACAGGAGAGAUUCUAUAUAAUUUAGCACAAGAUGAUAUGGUAGCAUUAAGAGUAGUUAUCAGAUUAGGAUGGGAGAUCCCAAAUCCUGUAAAUGCUGAGAAUGAUACUGCAACAAGAUUCCCAUUUGCAUCUAUCAAACCAGUAGCAAGUAUAUAA